GGACCACGCGAUGUGUGCAGAAAUGAGAUAUUGCGGAACCGGGUUGUCGUAGAUUUAUUCGUAAAACACUAAUCAACAUUCGUCUGUCAAAGAACAAUAUGGCAGUCGGAAAGCAAUAAUUUUACGUUUAUUUUUGUGAUAUUUCGCACGAGUGAUAGAAAAAAAGUGAAAUUCAUGUGGUAGUGUCGACGUGUGAUGAGCGAAAUGUUACCGUCAUUUACGCCUCCGGUUGUUAAACGUUUGUUGGGUUGGAAAAAAGGCUCAGACGCUGAUGACAAAUGGUGUGAAAAAGCAGUGAAAAAUUUGGUGAAAAAGUUGAAGAAAUCUGGCGCUCUAGAGGAAUUGGAACGUGCCAUUUCCUCUCAAAAUCAUAACACCAAGUGUGUAACUAUUCCCAGGGUUAGACCGAAUGCAGAUUUGAGCAGCGUACAGCAGCAACGCAAAGGCUUGCCCCACGUGAUAUACUGCAGAUUGUGGAGAUGGCCGGAACUACAGUCUCACCACGAGCUCAGGGCACUCGAUAAUUGCGAGUAUGCUUACUCUUUGAAAAAGGAGGACGUUUGCAUUAACCCUUAUCACUACACAAGGAUCGAAAGUCCAGCGUUACCUGCUAUUCUUGUACCUCGUCACACACUGGGUGACGAAAACAACCUUUUUCCACAUUCUUUGGAGGACUUGAGCACCUCUGUACCGGAAAACACGUCGUUUCCACACAACACAAAUUCUUUAGGUUUACAUAUGCAACACACAGGUUACCUUGACGAUGUAGGAAUAUGCCAGAACGGCGCCCCCACAAGCAUGGAAUCGCCCCACAGCGUCCUGCCCCCCACAGAAACCCCCCCUCCAGGUUACAUGUCAGAAGAUGGUGACCCCAUUGACCCCAACGACAAUAUGAGUAUGUCUCCACCGAGUCCGCCAGUCGAUGCCCAGCCAGUAUUGUAUUGCGAGCCAGCGUUUUGGUGCAGCAUCAGCUAUUACGAGCUCAAUACGCGGGUAGGCGAAACUUUUCACGCAAGCCAACCCUCUAUAACUGUCGAUGGAUUCACAGAUCCAAGUAACUCAGAAAGAUUUUGCUUGGGUCUUCUGUCGAACGUGAACCGUAAUUCGGUCGUCGAGCAGACCAGAAGGCACAUAGGAAAGGGAGUAAGACUGUAUUAUAUAGGUGGAGAAGUUUUCGCAGAGUGUCUGAGCGAUUCGAGCAUAUUCGUGCAGUCGCCGAAUUGCAACCAAAGAUACGGCUGGCAUCCUGCCACUGUAUGCAAAAUACCUCCAGGUUGCAACUUGAAAAUUUUCAACAAUCAAGAGUUCGCUGCUCUGCUGUCGCAGUCGGUUAGUCAAGGUUUUGAGGCUGUCUACCAGCUCACCAGGAUGUGUACGAUUAGGAUGUCCUUUGUUAAGGGAUGGGGUGCUGAAUACAGGCGUCAAACGGUCACGUCGACUCCCUGCUGGAUCGAGUUACAUUUGAACGGCCCUUUGCAAUGGCUGGACCGGGUCCUCACUCAAAUGGGCUCGCCCCGCCUUCCGUGCAGCUCCAUGUCCUAAGUUUUAUUUUUAAGCUUCACAACUCAGCUCUAUUAUACAAAACUGAACACUACGUACUACUUCAUUUUGUUUUUAAGGGGCAUAUUAGCUACUGUUAGGAAAUACUUUCUAACACCCUGACGGUUUUUUGGGCACUAUCCUCUUGUCAAAAUAAAGAAAAAAAACUAGGUUUGUUCCAGCAGUAGGCACGGUGGUCAAAACUAAAGUAUAGGAAGAAACAAAAAUGCCAACCAAAACUGAUAGCAUAAUCUGAUUAUAGACUCUUGUAUAGGUACUAAAUGUAUUUAUCAAAAUCCCAGCUGAUCCUUAUUAAAGUUUUGCAUAUUUCUUAGUAUUUUAAAACUAUGCCAUUUCGAUAAAAUACUCUAGUACCAUUAUCAAAUGAUUUUAAAAAUUUGGCAGAUACAUGACUGAAAAUAUGGAUAAAUUACAUUAUAAAUACAAAAUAAUGUAAAAUACAGUUUGCAAUAUCUUAUUUAUUGUUUUAAGGUACCUAAUAUAAAACUAAUAAAUAACUAAAGAUUCUUUGAAGCAAAAUCGAUUACUGCUUGCCUUAAAUUUUCAGUAAAACUUUCUCUUGGGUUUUACAUGGAAUUGUUUUCAACAUGGAAACAGUAUUUUUAAAUUCUUCAGUCUCUGUACAAACAUGCUUCUUACAUCUAGCGAUAUCCCCUAGAAAGGAAGAGCAUAUCAAAACUUUAUUUCGUUCGUCCGUCCUCUUCCCUUAAUAAUUUUUUAUGCCCUUUAUAUCUUGCCAUUUUGCAGAUAAAGCACAUACAUUCUUGGCUGCCGCGAAAUUCUCUAGCAAUUUCUAAAUUUUGAAAAUUUGGCAAUUGUGGCUAUGCAAAAAUACCGUUUUUACCAUAUUGAAGUAGGUAAUUUUGAAUUACU